AUCAUUCAUGGACAGUGGAAAGUAGUGGAGAAAAUUGGAGCUGGUGGCUGUGGUGCAGUAUAUGAAGUGCUCCACGUUAAGCGUAAAAAUUAUGCAGCAGCACUUAAAGUUGAAUCGACAUCAUUACCGGAUGGUGGAGUAUUAAAAUUAGAAGCAUAUGUGCUAGCAAAAUUGAGUAAUGCUUCGAAACACACUAUUCGUUUACUUCAUUCCGGUAAAAGACCCAAAUACAGUUUUAUUGUGAUGACAUUAUGUGGUCCAGACUUAAUGUUUCUAAGAAAAAUGAAAGGUGCAAACAAGAUAAAACGGGAUGAUGAUCAUUUCUCAUUUGAAACAACAUUACGAAUUGGAGUGCAUUGCUUGUUUGCUAUUAAAAUGCUUCAUGAAAUCGGCUUUGUACACCGAGACGUGAAACCCGGCAAUAUGGUAAUUGGAAUCAAUGGACGAGAUUGUAGAACGAUUUUCAUGGUCGAUUAUGGCAUGGUAAGAUCAUUUGCACUGGAAGACUCUGCUAGCAAGAAAGUAGCGUUACGGAAACCGCGUAAAAAAGUUUUGUUACGUGGAACGCUACGUUAUUGCUCUCCAAACGUUCACCGGCGUAUGGAACAGGGUAGAGGUGACGAUUUGCUAUCUCUCCUCUAUAUGCUGAUUGAGCUUUGUUGUGGCCUACCGUGGAGUGCAGUUAAAGAUGAAAAAGUACUGUUGAAAAUGAAAGAAAGCAUUACAACAGACAAACUUUUUAAAAUGGCUCCUACUGAAUUUGCUCCAAUAUAUAAUCAUUUGAAAUCAUUAGAAUACAAAGAUCGGCCAAAUUAUAAAUUUAUUUAUGAUCAGUUUAUGAAAGGCAUUCGACGAUUAAAAGUAUUUUUUCGAGAUGCAUAUGAUUGGGAAGAUGAUAAAGAUAUUCAGGAAGCACGGCAUUUGGAAACAUCCCUUUCAUUCCACGAAGAAGACAAGCGAUUUACUAGCAAAAAAGGACGAAGAAAAGUUUGUGACGAUCCAUAUUAUCUUGAUCAUCGAUUUUACCCAACAACUGAUCCAAAACAUUUUGAAGAAAAAUUGAUGCCACUAUAA